CCGGGCCCUGGCCUGCCUGCAGUGCACGGCCUGGAGCUUCCUUGGGGAUGGCGGAGGUGGGGGACCCCCUGCCCUGCUCCCCCGCACAGGCAGGUGGGGGUGCAGGGUGCCUGUGCCCCAAGGGAUAGGUGCCAAGGGUGCUCCUGGCUCUUUAGACCCAAGCCUUCACUGUGUUGGCACCGUCCCCGGUGUCCCUGUGGUCAUGGGAGCGGUGCUGGCAUGGCCAUUCAGUGCAGAGUCCUCAGGUGAUCUGGUUUCAGCUCAGGGUGCCUGCCCUGGGUCACCCUGUGUUUGCCCCUCCGGCCAUGCCCCAUCCAGGGCAGGAGAGCAGCCGGGCAUCCUGUCAGGGGCGCGGGCAGGGAAGAAAAUCGAAGUGGAUUAUGUAACGCCCACUGCCACGGCAGGUCUGAAUGGCGGCGCGGGCAGCCGAGGGGAUCAAUGUAAAACCUAUGGAACAAGAGCCCCUCCGCUGGUGAAGCUGGCAUUGUGACUCUGGUUGGGAGCCCAGCUGUGUAUUCCCCAGUCUUUCCUUUCUUACUGUGAGCUGUGGACUUCCCCCAGGAUUCAGCCAUGACUACCUCCGCCUUGCGUCGGCAGGUCAAAAACAUUGUGCACAAUUAUUCGGAGGCAGAAAUCAAGGUGCGUGAGGCGACCUCCAAUGAUCCCUGGGGCCCACCCAGCUCCCUGAUGUCUGAGAUUGCCGACCUGACCUUCAACACCGUGGCUUUUGCCGAGGUCAUGGGCAUGAUCUGGAGACGGCUGAAUGAUAGUGGCAAGAACUGGCGCCAUGUGUACAAAGCGUUGACCCUUCUGGACUACCUCAUCAAAACUGGAUCAGAGAAGGUGGCCCAUCAAUGCCGGGAGAACCUCUUUACCAUUCAGACUCUAAAAGACUUCCAGUACAUAGACCGGGACGGCAAAGACCAGGGCAUAAAUGUCCGGGAGAAAGUCAAACAGGUCAUGGCUCUGCUGAAGGACGAGGAGAGGCUGAAGCAGGAACGGGCUCAUGCCCUGAAAACCAAAGAGCGCAUGUCUGUCGAAGGCAUGGGCAUCAGCAGCAGCAGCAGCCACCAGCUCUCCUAUGGCCGGCGGACAUCCCAGUACGGAGAGGACUACGGGAGGUCCAGGGGGUCUCCAUCAUCCUUUAACUCCUCUUCCUCAUCCCCUCAAUUCACCUCCGACCUGGAGCAGGCAAGACCCCAGACCACUGGAGAGGAGGAGCUGCAGUUACAGCUUGCACUGGCUAUGAGUCGAGAGGAAGCUGAAAAGAAGCCAGUUCCUCCAGCCUCCACCACAGAGGAAGAAAUGCAGUUGCAGAUAGCGCUCACCCUGAGCAAGGUGGAGCACGAGAAGGAAGUGAGGGCCUGGCAAGGAGAGAACUCGCUGCUACAGAAGACCCUGGAAGAGACCCAGCCGGGUGUAGAGGAGGAGGAAGAAGAGGAUAAGCUGAAAACCAGUCAGUCCUCUAUUUUGGAGCUGGCAGACAUUUUUGGCCCAGCGCCGGCCACUUCAACCCGUGCUUCUGCUGACCCGUGGAAUAUUCCAGGUGGGGACAACUCUCAGUCUGCUACUGCUUGGGACAAUGGUGGCACUUUCUCUCCUCCUCCAGCUCUGUCCUUGUCCAGCUCUUGGGAUCCUAACAAUCUGAAGUCAAAUGUGGAGUCAGCAUCAACCUCUUGGGCCCCUCCUGCUGACCCCUGGGCUCCCAUCCCUGUGGCUUCCAGCGAUCCCCUAAGCCAGACAGCAUCUACCAACCAAGCCUUGGCAGUGCCUUGGGACCUGCCCCCUGUUGUCUCCUCCUCCGAUCCUUGGGGGAAGACGCCCCUGUCUUCAAGUUUCUCUUCUGCAGACCCCUGGGUGAAAGCAUCCCCGCCCCCACCCUCUGCUGCCGACCCCUGGAGAAGUGCUGUUGAGACCCCUCCCAAGGCCGCUUCAGGUGGUGACGCUUUUGACUUAUUUGCAAACCCAAUGGAGCCAACAGAGCAGCCAGAGCAAGAGAAUUCACAGGCCCCAUCAUCUCGCAGAUCCACCAGCCCUGUGGACUUGGACCCCUUUGGUGACCCAGUUCUGAUGACCAAGCAGGACGGAGCCAAGAGUUUUGAUCUCACCAGCCUUGCAGACUCCCUUGCUGACUCCAGGAAAGACUGUAAAACGCCCGAGUCCUUCCUUGACCCUGCCGCCUCCUCCCUGGUCAAUUUGGACUCAUUGGUCACGGCCCCCCAGACCUCCAAGACCCGUAACCCAUUUUUGUCAGGUCUCAGUGCACCUUCUCCCACGAACCCAUUCAGCGUCGGUGACCAGGCCAAGCCGACGCUCAAUCAGAUGCGGACCAGCUCCCCGGUGCCAGGCGUGGCCAUGGGAAUGACCAUGAACGCCAUGACAUACAGUGCUUCGCUUCCUCUUCCGCUCAGCAGCAUCCCGUCAGCAAUGACCCUCCCCGCCUCCAUGAGUGCCUUCCCGCAGGCCGGAGCAGGGCCUUUUCCAGAGCUACCCAGUAACUUGCCCCAGCCUUUAUUGCCACUGACUGGCUCUACCUCUCUCCCCACCUCACAGGGAGGGAGGAACCCUUUCCUCUGAAGCCUCUGGAUCCGUGUUACGUGUAGUCUCUCUCGCCUCUUCCCCAGCUGUUUAUACAGAAAUCCCAGCGUUUCCUCAUGCAAAGGCCUUCAGGGCACUGGCUCAUUAGCUGUGAUGGAGGAAACCUCUCAUCUGCAACUCCUAUUCCAGCACCUGCCUGGGUCACAGACAGACAGUUAGCAUGAAUAUCCUUGCUUGAAGUGCUAGAGACGAGCCCGUUCCAGCAUGGUGGGCAACAGAUGACUAGAUCUGCCUCUGACGGCAACAAGGAUGCUCUUGUCAUCAGCUGGCCUUGCUGUGGUGGGCACCGAGUUGAUGGCAGGGCCCUAAGAAAGGGCUGCAAUUAUCCAGGGCCCUCCGUGCUCCAGUGCUUUCUGCGAGUCCGCAGCCCAGUGUGAAGCCUUUUCACAGAUGCCCAGUCUCCACAGGUCUCUUAGAGAUCAUCCUGGGGUCCUCCAGUGGCAAGGAGGAAUCCUUGUGUAAUCGCGCAGAAGGUGCAAUCCCCUGUUGAGGCUUGCAGCCACAAAGCUUGCGUGGAGUAGGGGCUGGGUGACCGCGGUUCAGGAUGUUCCCAGGGACAGGGAGAGAAAUCCUCUGAGCCCCUUGCCUUUGCCAGAGUCACCGGGUGCUUCUCUGGUUACCGCACCCAGAAAUUCUCUUCCCCGGCCGCGGCCACCCACAUGUGCUUCCACUUGAAUGCUAAGGUUUGAGACCCUCUUCCUCUGCCUCCUCACCCCCGUAUUUGGGUGCCAAUCUUGGGAAGCCUGCUGUCCCCUAACUUACUCGGCUUGGGUGCUGGUUCUGGGAACCACUCUCCUCUGCUGCUGUCUCCUGUGCUAUUCUCCUGGGGACUGACCUCCGCUCCUGACCUUUUGCAGAUGCUCCCUGUACACUAUACACACCCUAGCCUUGGUGCAUAUCCUUUCAGCCUGACCCUCUCCCUUGAAACUCCCUGCUUGCACAGCCCUGACAGGCCUGUAUGGCUUCUCCAGCUGCUGGAUCCCAGUUUCGACCACUUGAUGCUCUCCUGCCAGGACUGCUGUACUGUGUGGGAUAUGCACACAGAGAGCUGGGAUUAUGUGCCUGGGAGAUGAAUACAGGACUGGAUAGGGCUUUCUGGGCCAUGAAGUCCCCUUCCCUGCAUUUGCAGGCAGUCAUUAACCCAAGGAAGCCCCCAAAUCUAGGAGAUUGCUUGGGUUAAGCUCCAAGUGCCAGCUGUGCUGACUAUAUAGCCUCCAUGCCAGCGCCUAUCAGGGAGGUGGUAGCUUGGGAGAUGUCACAUGGCAGGGGAGGGAGCGGGGUGAAGGGAGUUGUGCUGUACAGUUGGCAUCACUUUAGUGCAUAUGUUCAAACACUUCUCUAAAGCAGCAGCGGCAGCCCCAGCUCCACUGCCCCCAAGAGUGGUGGCUCUCCCAGACCGUAGGAAAACAUGAACUGACUGUAAACAAUAAAAUAUUCUAGCAGCUCUUGGUGUGGGAACUUCUUCCUUCCAAGGACAUCGCUCUAGGCUUAACCCUUCAUUCCCUCCUAACUUUUAAGGGGGCCUUGCUUCCAUAUCAAUGUCCUUCACUGUCUUCUGCCCCUCAGCCUCUUCCCAGCAGUGGUGGGCUCUGGACCCCACCUC